UCCUUCAUUGUGCCCUAUCCCUGCUCCACAGAGCUACCGCUAACCUCGGCUAGCUGUCAGUGCACUGAGCUGAGCAGCAUCACGCCAGGGGCACACAAGGCUUUACACACUCUCCUUGCAAAACAACUCAGCACCGCAUAAUGGCUGUCCCCCCCUCAUACUCAGACCUGGGCAAGGCUGCCAAGGACAUAUUCAGCAAGGGCUAUGGCUUCGGUGUUGUGAAGCUGGACCUGAAGACCAAAUCACAAUCUGGUGUGAUGGAGUUCAACACAUCUGGCUCCAGUAACACAGACACAGGGAAGGCUGCAGGGAGUCUGGAGACCAAAUACAAGAUGAAGGAGCUGGGCCUCACUUUCAAUCAGAAGUGGAACACAGAUAACACACUUGCUACUGAAGUCACCGUGGAAGACCAGCUGGCUCAAGGAUUGAAGGUUGCCUUGGAUACAUCUUUUGUACCAAAUACAGGCAAGAAGAGUGGCAAGCUGAAGACGGGCUACAAACGCGACUAUGUGAACCUGGGCUGUGACAUCGACUUCGAGGGCCCCAUCAUCCAUGCUGCUGCUGUGCUGGGCUACGAGGGCUGGCUGGCCGGCUACCAAAUGGCCUUUGACACCGCCAAGUCCAAACUGGCUCAGAACAACUUUGCCCUUGGAUACAGGGCUGGGGACUUCCAGCUGCACACCAAUGUUAAUGAUGGGACUGAGUUUGGGGGGUCCAUCUACCAAAAGGUGAACGACGAGCUGGAGACAGCGGUCACUCUGGCCUGGACGGCCGGCAGCAACAACACUCGCUUUGGCAUCGCCGCCAAAUACAAGCUGGACAAAGAUGCCUCUCUAUCUGCCAAAGUGAACAAUGCCAGUCUGAUCGGAGUAGGCUACACCCAGAGCCUUCGGCCAGGCGUCAAAGUCACCCUCUCAGCCCUAAUCGAUGGCAAGAACUUCAAUGCUGGUGGACACAAAGUCGGCAUGGGCUUUGAGCUGGAGGCAUAAAGAGAGAACAAGAUCAACCAACAAAGGAAAGCCCAGAAGCAACCCCCACACACUCCUCUGGCCCACAGACACACACUCACACUGUUACCCGGGUCUACCACGUUCAAGUAGCUCCUCCUCUCUGGCCCCUCUCACACACAUACUUGCUCAUACAGUGAUGAUCCCCUUACACACACAUUCAGUGAGCAUUUACGACAGUAAUAGUCAAAUCUCAGCAUCAUGUUUAAACACGAGGGGUAAUGACAAAGCUGAUGGUGUGUUUGUUGAUCCUCUUAGCUGACAGCACAUAGUAAGAUUAUGGAUUAAUGUCCUUUUUAUGGUAAAUGAAGUGACAUUAUUUAUGCUCCUGUAGGUCUUGGCUGAAGUAGUCAUUGGUGUAAAUGUGUAGCUCAUCUAAGCUUCUGUAUUCUGCUGUUCCUAAAAGCAUGUGAAAUGAAAACCCAGAUGCAGAGCAGAAAGCUUGUUUGCUUGAGUGAAAAUGGUGCUGACUGUUUUUUUUUUUUUUUUUGUGUGUGUGUGUGUGUGUGUAUGUGUGUAUUUGUUUGAGUAUGAAAUAUUUUUGGUUGUUUUGACUAUUUGCGGACCACUGUUUAUUCAGCGUAAUUGUUGUCUAUAAUAAUAAACGGCUGGUGGUUACUUGGUGGGGUCAGCGUUACAAGGAACCGUGAAUUUCACCAUAGGAUUGCAUUGAUUGGUUGGGGUCAGUGCAGGGUUCAGUUGUAUUGCUGCUGUCAGCAUACAUAGCUGUAGAAGAGCUUGAAAAUCUUCUGUUCAGUACCAAUAGCCCUAAAUGGUCUCAUUUUUUUGAAUCCUCUGUGACGACUAAUUUGGUAGGUGAAAUCAAUAUAGUGGAAUCUUCCAGUAGGUUAUGUAGUUAGUUGUCAUUUCUACAAUAUUGUUUUCAUCUAUCUGUUUUAGCACGGAAGUCACGAGUAAGGAUGUUUAGGAUAUUUUGCAUUUGCUUGUUCCAUGUUUUGGAUGUGGUGGCAGUUCAGUGGCACCAGGCAGUCUUACAUGAUGGAGAGAUGUUUUCUCAUGAUACUAGGGAACUGCACUCAUUACUGUCUCAUUGCUCUCUCCUGGAAACAGUCCACACUCUUCAGAUCAUUUCCCACUGUACAUAAAAUAACAGUCUAUUGUCCUCUGAGUGAUUCCAGUCAAAACACUUGGUAAGAUAAAGUAAGAGAUUGUUGUGUUCCACAUGACUGUCCUUUCUUCCUUUUGGUAAUAAAUCAUGCAUCAGAUGUGCAUCUUGUGUUUUUGUUUCCCAUCGAAUUGUGUUGUUGUUAUUAUAAAAGUCAUUGCUUUCUUUCUUUUUUCUCUUUGUCAUUUAGACACAGUACCUCAUUUUUCCAAUGCUAAUUAAGGGAAUUCUAAUAAAAACACAAUGUCUGAAA